AUGACUGACUCCGACUCGGACAGCCAAGAGAGCACACCUGACUUUCGGACAGAGGAUCACAGGCGAGAGCAACUGGGUGAGGGCAAAGAAGUCGUAUCAGCGAGCUCUAUUCGGUCAAGCGCAACUCGCCUCGCAUCACCGUCUUCUAGAACAUUGCCUCUCCACGUUGAAACGGUCUCCGAAGAAGGUCCCUCUCGACCAGCCUCGAGCUCUAGUACCACCCAUGCAGAAUCCUCCGAGCACCACGGGCACGAACGGCUCAAGUUCAGAGGCACAGACACGUACGUCGACGAAAUCUUUACGGACGUCUACAGAGACGAGCUCGAUGAUCUGGAGCUUCAUCGCGACAUGCCGCUUUUUCUGCCACCUCCGCAGCUGGUCGAUCCACGAGAUCCAUCGAGGCCAGGAUCCGGAUCACUCUGGGGCGUUUCAAAGACCCCGCGCGAGUUCUUCGCUCGUCCUACCGACGUUGGAGAUCGACCGUCACCCAAGAACGGAGUACCUUCGACAAUCGACGUCGAUUCGCGCGUUCAAGCCACCGUCGAACGGUUUCACGAGCUCAAGCGUCAAGGUAUCCACUACAACCAAGAACUCAUGAAGAAUCGCUCUUUCAACAACCCGCACGUCUAUACGCAGCUCGUCGAGUUGCUCGACAUUGACGAAACACGCUCGAAUCUUCCCUCUCUCGACACCGGUCGAACUGAAACAAGUUGGAGGUCGAAAUUCCCUCUCACGCCAGAGGAGCUGAUCGAAGGCGAUCCAAUCUCGAUCGAAAAGCGGCAAAGGAAGGAAGAAGAGACGAAGAGAGAGCGAAAGCUUCGCGCGGGACACAAUCGUACCAUCGACUUUGACCGCGCACGGUAUCAGGACGAUGGUGAAAGGCCAUCAAAACGUCGCUCAUCUGGCACGAAGAGCACUUCAAAGCAUUCCGCUCGUUGA